GCCAGGUUCUGAGCUUACCUAAACCUUCCAGCUUACCUUCAUCUGACAAAGCCACCAAAUCCGUUUGCCCUCUAGUGUCAAAGAACCCACAUCCAUUGCGCAGAAUCGAUUGCGUCGCACGUGGGCAGGUUUCCGCUGUGACUAAGCAUACAAAAGGUCUCAAAGAAUCGUCGUUUUCGACUGUGUUUCACAGACUGCACUUUCGUUACUACAUAAACUCCCCUAUUUCGUAAAUUAACACUUCCUCUGUUCCGUAGCAUUCACUUUCUCCAGCCCAAUGUCCCAACCUUACUAUACUACUCAGCCAACAGGUCAGUAUUAUCCGCAGAAUCAAAAUCCAUAUCCUCCCCAAGGUCAAUAUUAUCCACAAGGACCAGGUCCCUAUCCACAGGGGCAAUAUGUUCCCCAAACAGUUUACGUUCAACAGCCUGCUCCUCGGCAAGAUGACUGGUGGCUGACCUCCUUGCUUGCGCUCUGCUGUGGAUGCCUUAUAGGAGAAGCAUGUUGUGACCAGCCUUGUCUUUGCUGUGUACUUCCUUGUCCCAUUGCACUUCCACGUUUCCGAUGGUAGACACUAACUUCGAUGGAAACUCUUCAAAAAACUAAAGCUAUAGAAUCUCAAUAAAAAUUUGGCAUUUCUGAUGAAUUUAGCAGACUCUUCCUUCCAAUGCGCCUCUCACUUUCUCGCAUUUUGUUAAAGUUAUAAUUUGUUGAUUUAUGUGAUAUGAUCUAUAUGAUCUACACAUGAUCGCUGAGCGAUUACUUUUUCUUUGACUUUGGC